CGGGAGGUGCCACUGGUGAGGUACCGCGCCGCCGGGAGGCCGCCGGGCCGGGGCCGGGGCCGCGGUUCUUUCCCGCCCGAGUCGGUUACCCGCUUUGCUGCACAGUAACGGCUGCGGUAGCGCGGCCCACCGAGCGCCGGGGCGUCGGUUGGUGCGGGCGGGCCGGUUGUACCGGCGGGGGCGCGCUGGCGGCUGGGCCUGCGUGGUGCCGCGGCGGGCCGCCGGGAGGUGGCCGGGCUGGGGCAGCGCCGCGUGUGCCUCCGCUGUGCCCGCUUCCAGAGGCCGCCCGGCUCUGCCGUGAGCAGCGUUCGUUUGAAAGCUGGACCUGGCCGGUACUGACAGGCCUGGAAAGCUGUAGAGGUUAGCGGAAAAGCCAGUAGAUCUGGUGUAUCUAAGCGCUUUGGAGAUUCUUUAUUGCCAGGGCUGGAGGGCAAAGAAACAAACAACGUUUUUAAAUAGGUUAUGAAAUUUCAAAGCGUAUUUAAACCACUGUGAAACAUCUGUCUGUGUUAUUUCUUCUCGGUGUUUUUAACAGUUGUGCAACUGCAAAAUAGAUAUUCAAUUUUCCAGACCGGUGGGUGAGGCUAGGUAAAGUGUUGAUCAGCUACUGCAGUGCUCUCCAGUGUUUUCUUCCCAUCCUAGAAUAGAAAUUGGUAUUAGUGCCUACACUCGUAACGCUGGAAGCCUCUCCUUCCAGCUCUAGUAAGCUGCAGGUAGGCCCUUACUCAAAAUUUGCCUGAAGCUGUGAGAUGCUCUGAUGCUGUACAACUGCUUUAUGGUUGCAUCACAGUUCAGUUUGAAAACUACAAACCAGGCUGGUUUAGGAUUUUUAGAUCUUCAUCUUAAAAUCUGGGACAGUCCCUGACAUAAAUUGCUCAUGCAUAGUACACCUGAUGCGUUGGACCUGCUGCACGUGUAAGAUGAGUCUGUGUGCAUGCAGUAGCUAGUUUCCAGACAUCAGGCAGCCUGAGUUGCCAGGCAUCUGGAAAAGUAGGCAAUUACUUCAAAAAUACGGGAAAAGUGUUUUCAUGUGCAAGCAUGCAUGGACCAUAGGAUCUCUGUGAAUAAUCUAGCAAGUCAGUCUGUUCUUGCCUGGUAUCAUCCUUCCUUUCAUUCUCCCUUCCCCCGAUGGACUGUUAACUCCCUUUAAAAGCUGAAACUAAAUUAACUUUUACUUCGUGCUCUGGAUAGUUGCAUGGAAGCCUCAGUAGUUCCUUGGGGGGCCAGGAAGCAUUUGUCAGGUGAUUGUAUUUGUACUAUUCUUGAUUUCCUCCGUGGUGGGGGAGUAGGGAGAUAAAGGCUUUGGAAUAGUUUCAGACAGGUUACCAGAUAUUGUUGAAAAAAAUGAACCACUAAGCGUGUAACGAAAUUAUUCAUGCAAGUGUGUUAUUCUAACAGUAAUGUUUGCAGUAAAGAUUCCUGUGACUGCAGGUAUAUUUUGCAGGGAAGGGUCUUCUAAAUCAUCACCGUUUCUUGCAUUUUUAACAAGUAUAAAGUACCGCAACUUACAGUGCAUUUUUUCCCCCCUGCUCUGGCUUAGGAACAUAGACCCCAGGUUUGAAAUCAUCUUCACAAACCCUUGCCUAAACAGUAAGGUGGGCUAAGGCAAAAUGUUUCCAGAUUUCCUUUUCUACUUUUUGGGGGGUCACUUUCUGGAACUUACUGCUAGCUUUGACCACCUGUGAAUAAACUAACCAGCAGACAGUUUGAGGAGAACGAUCUGACCUGCUGUGUGCACUUUCAAAAGCAAAUGACUGAGGAGUCAAAAGGUAGGGAAGUUGUUUCAGGAUUCAUCUCCCAUGUAAUAGCUCAGGAGGCAGCCUGCAGUUCGCUCAGUUACCUGGGAGCUGUCAAAGCACACAGUAUCUUAUUUUACAAUAUUAUUGGAAAAGCUGCAUGCCAGACAAAGACAAUUUACAACCCAUUUAUUUUCAGCGUUCUUCUAAUUCCCAUUAUUUGAAGUAAAAUCCAUCUUCCUGACAGACCAGCUUCUUAGUUCCUUUAAUCCUGCAGCAAAGUGAUAAUCCUUUAUUUGUGACCUCAUAGGCUGUUGCUACGGAGAAUGCUGUGAUAUCACAAAGCCAGCACUGUGACUUCACUGUUGAUGGAAGCCGUAGUUGAAGGAGAUGGCCCGUGCUCUGGAGGCCUGGGGGAAAGUUUAUAUACUCUGGUGUUCUGCAAGCACUUCCUAAGGAGCAGUAUCUGGCAAACAGGCUUGCAUGAUGUCUGCCUGCAUAGGUGAUGAAUGAUACAGUCAGAGGCUGCAUAUGAGGGGAAAACUUGUUUGGCAAGGUUACUUCUGCCCUUGCAAGAAGUUAUCAGGAGGAAAAUGUCACUGUGAAGUUACACAAGGCUUUUGCAUCCCAAAUCUCCAGAGAUAUCAUGAAGAAAUGACUCUGAAUGCUGGAAUUAUAUUCUCUGAAACCACAAACAACUUACUCUGUAUCCCUCUUCAUCUGAAGAAUAUAAUUUUGCAAACCCAAACCUUUUCUUGGGAACACUAAUUACAUCAAAACUUCCAUUGAAAAAAGUUUGUCAGGAGCAAGGCAAGAGACAUGUAAAUCACAUUCAAGUCUUUAUGCCCUAAAGUAGGCUUUCAGGCUCUUACUUAGAGAUGGAAGUGUGAAGGAGAUGCAUAACUUUAGGCUUUGUGUCUGAGGCUUUCAGAUAUUCCCAAAUAGCCAAUAGGUGGAUUCUUUUCACGUUCAAGUCUGAGCUUUUAUGCCAGGUUCCAGAAAUGAGUGCCUAAAGUUAGGCUCCUAAGUAACUCCUGAUAUUUUCAAAAGUACUGAGAGUACAGCAGCACUCAAUGGAGAUAAAGGGAAGUGCAGAUGUACAUCAGUUUUGAAACUCAAGCUGUGACUAUUAGAAACAACAUAUGGCAAUAGGAACCAAAUUUGGCUCCUUUAAUAUCUCUGCUUUUGACCAUAACAGGAAGUUUUUAGAGAAGUAGUACUUGAAACUCUAAAUGUCAGUGGUUAUCUGCUUUUCAAAAGUGAAGCUGUCAGAACCCAGGGAAAAAAUACUAGUAAAAGAAAAGGGUAAUUCCUUUGUUUUAACAUUUACUUUUUGAAUACAUUAGAAAGCAUUUGUUUGAACAACAGGAAGACACAUUCUUGCCUCUAAUAAAAUCUGUGUUUUAUUUUUACGACUGAUUAUUCUGGUUUUAAUUUUCACUUUUAUAUGUGAUAUGAAAGGUCACACAGAGGAAUUUAGCAGGAUUAUGCAUGUACAACUGCCCCCAGUUGAGACAACUUUUGGAAGUUUUAUAAGCUAAAUCAGGUUAAAACCCCCUGAUCUUAUUCCAGAAUAAAUGGGCAUUUACGUAGGUAUAAUUACACCAAGAUAAUUCUGGCAGUAAAUUAGUCUUUUAGACCAAAGCCCUGAGGUCAAUUUCUAUCUUAUCCCUGUUACACAGAUGUUCCCCAAACUGUUCAGAGAGUGUACUGAACUGGAUGCUGCAUAACAAAUCUAUGUUGCCAUACCUCAGUAAAAUGUACCAGAAUUAAAAUAAAAUACCGUAACUUAAAAAAAGCCCAGCCCUCACGCAGAGGCUUUGCAGACAGCACAUAGCAUGGUGGAUGCGCUUUGGGCGGCCUCACAUUUUCAAGUUCUUGUGGAUUACACCUUCUUUCUAUGAAACUACAUGUGGAUGUGUGUUUUGAAGAGCUUCUCAUAAAGCAGCAGAACACUUCUAAAGACGGUAUUGGUGAUGACAUGCUUAACUGCUUUCACAUGUUUUCAUUCAAACUGCCCAAACCACUAGCCUACUCCCUCAGUGGAGUGAUGUUCCAUGUGUGCCUUAUUAGCAUGCACACUACUAAUUUACUCUCAGCUUUCUUUACUGUCCUGUAAGCCCCCAUCCUUCCUUAGCUUUGAUCUUCCAACACAAAAGCUUAGGAACAACCCUUUGAAGAACAAGCUAAAUGUUUAUUUUUAGCUAUUUUGCCUGUUCCAAACACUGGGAGGGCUUGUUUAAAGCUGCUGUAGUGUAGGAUGCAGGUUCACAGGUUCCCUUGGCCAGAGCCAGGUGCCUGAACUGCCAGGCAUGCUCCUGCUGCUGGGGUUUUGGUACUGGGGCCCAGGCUUUGGGCUGCAGUGCAAGAUACAUUUGUUCUUUCAGGCUUUUAAUUGAGACUUUGAACAGAGGCUUUCAUUGAAUCCUCUGUGUGGCACGGGGUGAAGGUCAGCCUAGAAAACAAAACAAAGGCAAGCACCGAGUGGAUGCAGAGCACAUGCAGAUUGGCCUUCACAAAACAACUGUCCAUUUGUUUGCUUUUUUCACUGAUAUAUACAGCCAUUCCCACUUCCCUUAUUCCAGCAAUCCUGUAGACCCUUAUACUUUCCCAGCCUUUCUACAGCUGGAGGUACUAAUUUUAUUUCUUACCAUUUGGUUAUUAUUCCUACUUCCGCUUAGCUCUGCUAAGCAUUUGGAUUCUUUUAACAAGUCUUCUUUCAUCAUUAAUAUCACAUAUGCUGCAUCGCCUGCUUUAGGAAUCAAAAAUCAUCUCUUUCCUCACAUUUCCUCUUAACCUUUCCUGUGGUUUUUUUCUUAUUUACAUUGUUUCUUGUUUUUCUCUCCAAUCUGCUGCUGCUGCUAAUUCAAUAUUUAUAGCCUAGUUUUUUUCUUUAAGUGGCCCUAACAUCAGCUCUUCAACACUAAAACUGGUAGCUACCAAACAAGCAGGAGGAGGUUUCAGAAAAUGCUUUUAGGGCUACUUACAUCCACUGUAGGCAUUUCCAAGGGCUGGUCAGCAGUACCAGCCUCCCAAAGCAAGUGGCUAGGUGAGCAGCGGUGCAUGCACUAUCUGAGAGCUGGCAGAUGUUUCUGCCAAGCCACUCUCCUUCAUCUUUGAAAGGUCGUGGAGAGCAGGAGAGGUGCCUGAGGACUGUGGAGGAAAACCAGUGUCACUCCAGUCUUCAAAAAAGGCAAGAAGGAGGACCCAGGAAACUAUAGGCUGGUCAGCCUCACCUCUAUCCCUGGAAAGGUGAUAGAACAGGUCAUCCUGGAGGUCAUCUCGAAGCAUGUGGAGGAAAAGAGGGUCAUCAGGGACAGUCAAAGUGGAUUCACCGAGGGUAGUUCAUGCCUGACCAACCUGAUAGCCUUCUGUGAUGGAAUGACUGGCUGGGUAGACAAGGGGAGAGCGGUGGAUGUUGUCUGCCUUGACCUCAGCAAGGCUUUUGCCACUGUCUCCCAUAACACCCUCACAGGUGAUGUAUCACCCAUCAGCAUGUCUCCCAUCAGUCAGUCACAGUUUAUUCCACUUGGGGAAAUCCUUUGCCUGGCCAUCUCAGCAAUGAACUCUGCCCGAAAACAAGUCACACAAGAAGCACUAAUGGAGCACCUAACAACCUGCUUCCCAGGAGUUCCAACACCCAGUCCAGAAAUCCUUCGACAUACCUUGAAUAUGCUUGUACGGGAGAGGAAAAUAUAUCCAACUCCGGAUGGUUAUUUCAUUGUAACCCCGCAAACGUACUUUAUAACACCAUCUCUCAUAAGAACUAACAGUAAAUGGUACCAUUUGGAUGAGAGGAUACCUGAUAGGUCUCAGUGUACCUCUCCGCAACAAGGAACUAUAACUCCCUCCACCUCGGGAUGCGUCAGGGACCGAACACUACCCAAAAACCACUGCGACUCCUGCCAUUGUUGCAGAGAAGACAUGCACAGCAUGCAUGCAUCUACCCUACAGAGGAAAUCAGCAAAAGACUGUAAAGACUCAUACUGUCCUCCUUCGUUAUGUCAGGUCCCACCUACUGAGAAAAGUAAAAGUACUGUCAAUUUUUCCUACAAAGCAGAGACGCUCACAAAGCCUAAGGAUGUAGAAAAGCAGUCUAAGAAAUUUGGACUCAAAUUAUUCCGAUUAAGUUUUAAGAAGGACAAGACAAAACAGUUGGCAAAUUUCUCUGCCCAGUUUCCUCCAGAGGAGUGGCCGCUAAGGGACGAGGACACCCCUACCACUAUACCUAGAGAGGUAGAAAUGGAGAUUAUCAGGCGCAUUAACCCAGACUUGACUGUGGAAAAUGUCAUGAGGCACACUGCACUAAUGAAGAAACUUGAAGAAGAAAAAGCUCAACGAAGCAAAGCAGGAUCUUCAGCUCACCACAGUGGACGAAGUAAAAAGAGCAGGAAUCACAGAAAGUCUCAUGGGAAGUCGAGGUCACACAGCAAGACUCGGGUGUCCAAAGGAGACCCAUCAGAUGGCUCUCAUUUGGAUAUACCUGCUGAAAGGGAGUAUGAGUUCUAUGAUCCCUUGACUCGAUCCCCACGGGAAGGCUGUUUUAUAAUAGAACACAAGGGAGAUAAUUUUAUCAUGCACAGCAAUCCUAACAUGAUUGAAUCUCACUUUCCAAUGACACCUGAGUGGGAUGUGUCUGGUGAGCUGGCCAAAAGAAGAACUGAAAUGCCUUUCCCUGAACCUUCCAGGGGAAGCUCCCACUCCAAGGUCCAUCGGAGCCACAGCCAUACACAGGACAGAAGAUCGAGGAAUGAGCGGUCCAGUAAGGCUAAAGAAAGGUCUAGAUCCAUGGAUAACUCCAAGGGACCUCUGGGCUCGGCUGCUCUAGGCACACCUGAAGAUAUUGGUGAAGGCUGUAGCCCAGAUGACCAAACAACUAGCCAAACUUACAUUGACGAUAGUACCUUAAGGCCAUCUCAGUCGCUCAGUCAUCAAAGGGCUCUGAUUUCAUCUGCAAGCUACAAAGAGACUUGCAUCCCUGAAAUAGCUAGUGGCACUGUAGAAACCCCCAGUUCUUGUAGCCUGUUGGAGCAAAGCAAGCCUACAGAGAAUUUGCCAUCGUAUAGCGAGCUCAACUCCUGCACAGCAAAAUCUGCAGUCGAUGACUAUUUUCAGUGCAACACAUCCAGUGAGACUGUGCUUACUGCUCCAUCGCCACUGGGAAAGAAUAAAGAGGAUCAUGAUACGCUGACGGGGACAGAUGGGCUCAAAAAAAUGACUCCCACAGAAAGACAGUCUCAACAUAUCGCUAGGGAGCCUGGGGUGCACAAAGAGGAGUCCCCAAAGGGCCCAAGCAGCGGUUCAGCGGUUGCUGGCCAAACUCCAGAGGUGAUUGCAAAUGGGCGGCUGGUUCAACACCAUAGCACUGAAUCAAGCAGCCUUGAUAAAAGGAAAGAAAUAUUUAGCAAGGAUACGCUCUUUAAACCUCUGCACAACACUCUUUCGGUGAAUAGUUACCAUAAGUCUAGCACACCCCUGCUAAAGCCCCAUCAGAAGCCCCCCUCUGACACCUUGCCAGUCAGAUGUGAGAAACUUGAGCAAGCGAUGGUAACCUCAGUCGCACAAGUCAUGCCUGUUUCGCAGAGACAGCAAGAGACAACUGGGAACCAGGAGGCCUCCUUUGACUACUACAACGUGUCUGAUGAUGAUGACUCAGAGGAAGGAACCAACAAAAACGCUGAGGAAGAAAAGAACAGGGAUGAUGUUGGCACGAUGCAGUGGCUCCUAGAGAGAGAAAAGGAGAGGGAUCUACAGCGAAAGUUUGAGAAGAAUCUUACUCUUCUCACCCCAAAGGAGACAGAAAGUAGUAACAACCAGAGAGCCACCCACUCGGCCCGCCUGGACAGCAUGGACAGCAGCAGCAUUACUGUGGACAGCGGGUUCAACUCUCCACGUACUCGUGAGAGCCUGGCAUCCAACACUUCAAGUAUUGUUGAAAGCAACAGGCGUCAGAACCCUGCUCUGAGCCCUGCACAUGGUGGCGCAGGCCCAACAUUCAACUUCCGAGCCACUGCAGACCCACCAACAAGUGAAGCUGAGAAACUGCAGAAACCUGCUAACUGCCUGCAAGCUUCUGUCACUAGUGUCUGACAGCCGUCCUGCCUCAGAUCUUCUGUCUCAUCCUAUACAGCAAAGUUUACGACACUGGGACUGACGUUUACAUCUUUGGGGAAAAACAGAAAAAGCAUCUCAACCACAGUUUUAGUGUAUACUUAAACUGUGCUGCUAUAUAGACUAGGGGCAACAAAGAAAUCUUUAUUUCAAGGUAUUGCUUUUCACAUUUGCGGCUCUGUAGCAACAGAAUAGCAGUAGGGAUAAUAUGUACACUUUUUGCUUCACUUAAUUGUAACUGAGCACAUAUAUGAAAGUCUAGACACUGUAAGUGUAAUCUGCAUUUUCAAUGUCCAUGCAGUUGCCAACUUCAUUUUAAAAAAAUGCCACAGAUGUGUGAUGCCCCUGGUCAGAGGCUAAACUCUGCUGCAGAGUUGAUCGUUUUUUACUUCAAAAACUGAGCCACUGCUGAAAGUAACCAGCCAGGAUCACCAUGAGGAAAAACAAUGCCAAACAUGACAAGUGAUGACCUCAGCUCUAUCUGUGAAUUAUUAGUACGAAUCAGUCAUUUUCACUGUGCGUUUUUGUGACACAAUUUUGCAAAUACCCGUUUAAGUGAGUAAAAAGAGGUUUGGGUUUUGGUUUGGUUUGGUUUUGUCUAAGAGUGGAGGGUGGGGAAGGGAGGUGGCUUUCUCCUCUUGUGUUUCAAAAGUAUGAGAGAUGUUUACUUACUGAGACUUGCUAAUUGACCUUCCGUAGUCACAAAUAAGGAGGUGGGCCUUUGCGUAGAGGGGGGAGUGGGGAGGGAAGGGAAAGUUAUAACUGUCAUGGAGCCACAACUUGGAGUGACACAAAAUAUAACAAAUGUCUUCAGUAUAAAUCAAGUAUUUACAAAAGAUUAUCUAAUUCUUGUGUCACUUCUGGUAUUGCAACUUGCCGUUAAUAUAGGAAUCAGGAUAACUAAUUUCUUGGAACAAAAAUAUUCUUUAUGAUAUAGGUGACAAGUAUGGCCUGAAGAAUUGAUUUCUUUCUAGUGGAAGGACAUAAAUCUAUUUUAUGUAGCUUAUUAAAUAGAGUGCCUAAAUUAGGCUAUUAAAAAUAGCAUACAUUGUAGUGAUUAUCAGAGAACAAAAUUUAGAGAAUUAUAAACUUCUGGCCUUUUUAUUCAGUGGAUGUUACUGGCAAUUUAGCACGUUAUGGACAUGUCUAGUUUCUAGAAAUUAAAUGUGUCCACAUGGUUGGCAGUAGAAAUCUGAAUUCUGUAGGUAUGGUAUAUCCUAAUUGCUCUCCCCUAAACUGUUACUCCAAAGUAAUUAGUGCCGUGCUAAUUACUGCAGAGUAACUUCUAAGGAUAGUUAAACUCCAAGAGUAAUGUUUAGGUAUAGGGUCACAUUCUGCUCUGUUACUCAUGCAGCCUGGUAGUGCAACAAACUGACUACAAAUCUAACACUUUUUUUUUUACUUUUUUUUUUUUCUUUACAUCAGAACAGACAAAUUGGUGGAAGAAUAAUAAAGAUGCUAAAAUGUUCAACAGCCCAAAUUGUUGCAUAGAAAAGGGACGUUUACAUUGUCUAGCUCUUGUAGUACACAGGUAUGAAACCCAACUGUACAUAUUAAAAACCAGUAGUUUCAUCAGGUUCUGGUGACAUGUGUUACUCUGUACACAAAGUCAUUUGAGCUUCACUCGUGUUCUUUAUUGUCAUCAGAAGUCUUUACUGAAGAUUAAGCCUUAUGUUACACAGUUGGUUAUAGUUCAUUUACUUACAAAACAGCUUUCUAACUCUAGACACAAUCAGUUUGCAGUUCUGUCAAGAACCCAGUCAAUGCACGGGUCUGUUUUCCUUGGUUUCAGUGUAUAAUUUCCAUUUCAUAGGAGCAAUAAGACCUUUCAGUGCACAUAAAGGAAAUUAUUGUGCUUUUGGUUGGUUAUCAAAGUCACUUGGCCUUUAGCCUUCUGCCUUAUCAUACCCUCCAAGAUGUGCUCUAAUUACCAUAUAAUGCUUUGCAUGAUGCAUCUUCUUAUUCAGUAUGUAACUCCAGCCAUACUUAUUCCAUGCGAACUGUAGAGUCAGAGUUUUUGUGGGGAAUUGUCAUAUACUAUGCAGUGGCUGACUGUGAUUUUGUUUCUGAGAUGAGCUCUGACAUCAGUAGUAUGUAUCAAUUCAGUAAAUAAAAAUGUCAAAAUGAUGAAAAAAAUUACAGUGAUGAUCUGAAGUACUAACAGCAGUAUUAAAAUGUGAACAGCAAAAACAAAUUUCACCUUUGGGGGAAGUAUUUGUUUGUCAUAAACUAAUCAGAAUUUAUGCAGGCAGCUGGUUGUACAGAAGACAUAAUUCCAACGAAAUACGAUAGUAUAUAUCUACAAACUGUAUAGUAUGUUAUUUCCUAAAGUUCCCAGAGACCAGCAGACAACAUAAAUGUCAUAUUAAUGUUGACAUGGCAUUGUACCAAUAUUAAUGUGACUCUUGGAAUAUGGAAUGUAAACAGAAGUUUCAAAUAGAAACGUUCUAAUGUUGAAUUCUUUUUAAUUUUUUUUUUCUUUCCUUUUUUUCCUUUUAAAAUCAACAAUGGAAUAUAAGGAAAUUCCAUCUUGAGGUUCUGGUAACAAAACCACGAGAGUGGAGCUUGAGUGCUUUAUGUCACCCUAAUCCUUUGAUGAAAUCAUAGCCUUGUAUUACAUGGUUGCUUAUCUAUCAUUCUUCUUCUAAUGUAUCAAUUUAAAGGUUUACAGAGUUAGAUUAGGUUGAAUCUGUGUUGUGUUCAACUGUAAAGGGUCAACACAAAUCUGUCGGCAUUUUGCACACUUGAUAUGUAUUAUUAUAAUACAACAUGUUACUUUUAUGGUAAUUUUUUUUACACAUAUAACUACCUCCAUGAAUUUGAUGAAAUGCAGCAACAUGAAAAGUGUAUUGUACAAAGCAAGGUUAAAAACUUUGAAGCAUUAGGUCAUGGCGUUCUCUUGUGUGUCAAUGCUUGCGUAUAAAGUCAUCAUGUUUCCAUUGCCACAAUUUCCUUCUACAAUAUUAACAAUCUGGCUUUCAGAUGAGUCACUUAAAGACUUUGACAGGGCUGCAUGAUUGGGAUAAAAGUGAAAGGGAGGCUGAAACCUUGCAUCCUCUCCCCAGUUACUGCUAAAAUUUCUGCCUGGUAGAACUUGAAAAAUGUAUUUGUAAUUUAGCAAAUUAGGAACAUCUACAGUCUGUGAAAUAUGAUUGACAGUUUGGGGUUUAACAGAAGACACUCUGGGUAUUUUCUUGGCAGCCUUCAAAUACUUCGGGCCCUAUUCUGCCUCCAUCUUUGUCAACAUAUCAGGUCAUGGUUUCUCUGAACUGGCAAGGGUGUUAAAUCAGCUCUUCCUUUAAUGAUACGCACUCUGUUCUCUGUGUGCAUCUGAAACACUUGCUCCUAUAGAAAUUACCAACAGCCUUUUAACUGACUUUGCCGGGAGCAGUAUUAGGGUCCCUGCUCAAGGUAUGUGCCUAUUGUUCAAGGAACGUGGGCGAAUUUCCAAGAAAAAUUAAGCUGGCUUUUGAAAAGUAGCCAGCUGCAACAAGCCACCUUUCAAGAGGGAAGAAGGAAAGAAUUUUCCAAAAACCAAAGGAAGAAAGUGGCAGUUGAACCUAAGCAGAUCACAUUUAUAUACAAAUCCCAAUUUAUGAACACCUCUUUCAGCAAACCUAGUACCAUUAUCCUGAUGCAAAUUAAUAUACAAUCAUCAGUUGAGCUAAUUUUGCUGUUUUAAAAAUUUCAGUUUAAAAUUAGUAAGACAUCAUUAGCCAUUUGACUCUUUGCACCACCGUAAAACGUCCGUUGUACGCGAAACGAUGUUCACUCGACUUUAAGAAGCAAAAUGUAUUGGAAAACAAAUAUUUUAAUGAAAACCAUGGCCUAAGCGCUUGCCAGCCAUAGCUGUUUUUAGAAAAGAGAACAAGCAAACGGGUACUCGGAGGCCGUCAUGAACACAGAUAAUACUUUGCGUUUAAGUCAUGCCUUUUUGCCCGAGGGCCUCGGAGCACUCGAGGUGGUACCAGCUGAGCCUCGGGAGCCUGUGAGGUGGGCAGAGUUCCCUGACCCUAGCUGGUGUCCAGGCACAUUGGAAAAAACAAAGGCUAAGAGUCUGCAGACUUAAUUUAUUAACCAGUUGCUUUCGUUACUGGAGUCAGUUUAAUAGUUAACCAAAGUGCUUAUGGUUUAUACUCUGAAGUUAUUAGUUUGAUGCGUUGGGUUUGAGUAGGAAGGGAAACUACUCUGUGGUCCUGCAGAGACUCUUGGAUUAGCAGUGCCAAAACCAACCCAAGUUUUCAGUCAUAUCAGUACUGCCAGCGAUGGUUUUGGAAACCGUUACUUUAAUUAAAGAUUUGUUUUUCGAAUACAUUUUGCAGAGCUUUUCCCAAUGCAGUCGUUCAAAUUCUCGUGCUGAGAAAGCAAAUAGCUCUCCCAAUCUGGUAUCACACCUACAGUUUACAAUUCUCUUUGCUCUUCUGAAGAAAACUGUACAGUAUUAGAGAGAAAAGUUCUAUUUUUUACUAAAUUCUUUAAAAAAUAAAAAAAGAAGGUAUAUAUCUAAAAUGUUCCCCCCAGCAUAAGUAAAGUGCAUCCUUACUGCAUGAGAGGCAUGCAGUGGACCCACCGAAAGCCAAGCUGGUGCUAGAAGAAAACGGGACUCUCACGCUUCUUUUAUAGCGGCGCUCUAAAAGUCGAUUUCAGUUACGCGGGUGUAAAUCUGGCGUAACGCCCCUGGUCUCCCGCGGAUCUGACGGAGAUGGGAACGGGUCGUUCAAACUCCAUUGAAGCUCAGUUCUGAGCUGAGGGUUUCCGUGGUCCUCCCCCGCCCCCCACCCCCCCACCCCGAGACACUAAACGCAGAGAAGGAGCAGGAGGCCACAGGCAGGCACCUGGCUCUGGAAGGGCAGCCUGGGUUGAUCCCCGGCCAAACGCGCAGCCGCCCGGCCGGGAUGCUGGAUGCUGACGGCCAGCACCCCUUCCCACCGUGGAAGGGCCGUUUGCCGGGUGGUGGGCUGCCCCCGUGUCGUCUAGCGCUUCGAGCCACCCAAAGGAUACCCACCCAGAAGUAUGAAAGGGCCCUUGGAGUAAUUGGCGCAGAUGUUACUUUUAUAUGUGGAGGAGAUUUACGUUUGAAGGGAUCAUAAUUCUGCAGGUAAUUUUCCGUGAGUGACUGAAUGUGGCUGUUGCAUUAGGUUUAAAUGAGUUAAUAAAUGCAAGUGGGACUUACUGUAUGUUAGAAGGGAGUUUUGCAGCCAAGACUGCCUUGUAUAAAUGUGUUUGCACUGAAAAAAAAAAAUAAAAAAAUUACUUGGUCUCUGGUUGCUGUAAAGGUCAUCCAAGAUGGAUGUUCUGUUUAUAUUGUAUAGUAUUUCAUAUGAAAUAAUUGCAGUUCAUGAAAUGUCUUCCCUAACGUUACUGAUUUAUAACAGCACAUUUGUAACAUGGUUUUUAUUGUGUCAGUGUACCAUAUUGUAAAUGAUGAUUACUUGUCAUGCUUAGUAUAAUAAUUUAAAGGAAAAAAAAGGACAGGGAUUUUUGUAAGUCUAUAUUUGAAAGUCCCUCCAUAUGGUAAUAUUGUGUUCAUGUUGUUUAUGUAGUGCUGUGUGAAAUAUCCAUUUUGGAUCGUGUUACUUUUUAAGAUAUUAAAUAACAUUUGGUUAUAUGUUUUAAGUGGA